GCGAACAUGAUGUUACAAAGUUUCAGUGGCCUGUGAUUUUGUGCGUCGAUGCCGUGUCCGUUAAACAGCUUUUUUUUUAUUCCGACAAAUCCGUUCCUAAGCACUGAACUUUUGGAGCUCGAAUGCAAAUAUCGCGUGAGAGUCGCUCUUUGCGCUGUGAAGAUUUGCUGUCUGUCUGUUUUCCUUCAUCGCUGAAUGGAGUCACGGGUCGAGUUCAGCCGCGAGGAGAUAAACGGCACAAUAUGGGAAGUUCCUGAGAAGUACGUUUGCUUAAAGCAGAUCGGAACGGGAGCGUAUGGCAGUGUAUGCUCAGCCAUCAACAGUAAAACCAAAGAGAAGGUGGCCAUCAAGAAAUUACACCGGCCUUUUCAGUCGGAGAUCUUUGGAAAGAGAGCCUAUCGAGAACUAAAGCUCCUCAAGCAUAUGAAGCACGAAAAUGUGAUUGGCCUGCUAGAUGUCUUCACUCCUGCCUUGAGACUGGACAAUUUCCAAGACUUCUAUCUGGUUAUGCCAUACAUGUACAUGGAUCUCUCUAAAGUCAAGGGCAUCCUCUCAGAAGACCAUGUGCAGUUCCUGGUCUAUCAAAUGCUGUGCGGACUAAAGUACAUUCAUGGUGCUGGAAUCAUUCACAGGGACCUCAAACCAGGAAACCUGGCUGUGAACCAAGAUUGCGAGCUGAAGAUUUUGGAUUUUGGCCUGGCACGUCAUGCGGAAGCUGAGAUGACAGGUUACGUCGUGACACGUUGGUACCGGGCCCCUGAGGUCAUUCUAAACUGGAUGCACUAUACGCAGACAGUGGAUAUCUGGUCUGUUGGCUGCAUCAUGGGUGAAAUGUUCAAUGGAAAAACUCUCUUUAAAGGCAAAGACUACAUGGAUCAGUUGACUCAGAUAAUGAAAGUAACAGGGACACCAGGUCCAGAAUUCAUUGAGAAACUAGGAAGCCCAGAGGCAAAAGGCUACAUCAGAUCUCAGCCGCAAUACCCACGCAAAGAUUUUUCUGCAUUGUUUCCCAGAGCCAGUAAAAAAGCGGUAGAGCUGCUCGAGAAGAUGUUGGUGUUAGAUGCUGAUGAUCGACUCACUGCUAAUGGUGCGUUGGCACACAGUUUUUUUGAUGGCCUGAGGGACCCAGAAGACUGGACAGAGCCAACGGCGUAUGAUGACAGCUUUGACAAUGGCACGUUGCCCUUAGAAGAAUGGAAACGUUUGUCAUUUAAAGAAGUGAGGACCUUUGUUCCAUUCCCAAGAAGAGACUCAAAAAGAAGAAACACACUCACAAUGUCUUAGUAAUAAUGUGCUCGACAUUAAUGUCACACUGUAUUACAGUGGUACAAUUAGUCCUUCAAUCUCUGCCUUGGAACAAUUUAGAAUGCAUAUGCAUUUCUAAAAACUUGAUAUAAAUUGCAGUAUUUUGUAAAUGUGGUGUUUCUGGGCCUCUGUUGAACGUGAACAUUUUUUUUGAUAUAGUGGUCUGUCCUUCAUUUAUUGCCAAUGUGCAUAGCACCUCAAAGGAGUAGAUUACCCAAAAAUGAAAAGUUAAAUGACAAGUUAACAGGAUCCAAAACUUUGAAGUAAUAAAAGCACAAAGGCAGCAUAAAAGUAAUCCAUACAACUCCAGUGGUUAAAUCAAUGUCUUCACUGAAGCAAUAUGAUAGAUGUGGGUGAGACUCUGAUCAAUAUUUGUUAAAAAUAAUUUUAUACUAUCAUUUCUGCUGCCUGCCCAGUAGGUGGUAGGAAAAAAAGACUUCAAUAUUGAUCUGUUUCUCACCCACACAUGUCAUAUCACUUUUGAAGACAUGGAUUUAACCACUGUAGUUGUAUAGAUGUACCAUCUGAGAUCGUUACCCAUCCUACCAUCAACCAGAGGGAGCCCUCUCCCGAAUACUGAUCUUCACCCAUUUCUUCACUGCUCAUUUCCUGUUUACCACAUAUGUAUAUAUAGCCAUGCAGUUCCAUUGUUCUGUGUGAAGAAUUGCCUGUUCACCCUGCCUUACUGAGUGGUUUUCCAUUACCAUUGUUUAUUGAUUCAUGUUAUUACCAUUGCCUGUUUUUCUGGAUUUACUGCUUUUUGGAUAACCCUUUUUGUUUGCCUUGUUGGACUGUCUAUUUGGUUUAUUGGAUUAAUCUUCCUGAAUUACGACUACGUCUCUCUGCCUGCUGUUUUGGAUUGUUUGGUCAUGCCUAUUUUAAUAAACUUCCUGCACAUGGAUCCUAACACCGUCUCCAUGGCCAGUUCGUAAUCGAAUACUUUGCCUACCAUGGAUCCAGUGGAAGUCUCAGCUCCAGGCUGCAUUUGCACACCAGUGUGAAUUUUUAAAGGGUUAUCAAGACCAGCCGAACAGCCUACGAGCCGCCAAUUAAUGUUUGACUCGCUACAUUCACUCACUGCCAGCUCCCCAUGCUAAACAGGUUAGCCUUGCUCUUCCUGACAAGUUUGAUGGUUCUGCUGAGAAUUGCUGGGUUUUUUACGACAGUGUAAAGUUUAUUUCUCUAAUCAACCUGAAUAAUUUAAUCAUGAUGCCAAGAAAUUCAACUUUUAUGAUGACUCUGCUUACCUGUAAAGCACAUGAUUGGGCCACUGCUGUUUGGGACAAAGAUCCUCAAAUACAGACCUCGUUUGACUACUUCGUUCAACAGAUCCAUGAAGACUUCGAGUAUCCAGCGGGUGGUCAAGAUAUCUAUGUUCAGCUGCUCUACGACCCCAGUUUCACUCUGCUUCUAAGUCUACUGUCUCAGUACAGGCACAGACAUCAACUGAAUCACCCGAACCUAUGCAUGUUUUUUUAUGUUCUUUGUUUCUAUGGAGGAAUGCCAAAGUCGAUGUAACCAUAAAAACUUUGCUGUUACUGUGGUGAACCAGGUCAUCUCAAUGCUGCAUGCCCACACAAGAAAUCAAGUUCCCCUGAAUCAAGGCUGAAAGCGAGUACCACAAACUUUGUAUCGCCUAUCCAUCACAGCUUUCAGUUGCCUGUAGAAAUCUCUGUUGGUGAUCUUCUAAAAUAUUACAGCUUUAGUGGAUUCUGGGGCUGCUGUGUCUCCCAUAAAUUAAGAGAUCAUACAAGAAUUCCAUAUACCCAACAUUCAAUGCAUUCCAAUGAUUAAUAUCACCACAGUUGACAACACUCCCAUUGUUACUGGUAUAACCCAACAGACUGUUCCCAUAACCAUCAAGAUUGAACUAUUUAAUGUGGAGAACAUAUCACUGUAUGCCAUAAAUUCACCCAAUCACACUCUUAUCCUGGGUCAUCCUUUGCUGGCCAUCCACAAUCCUUCUAUAUCCUGGAACCAGGGCGAACUCACGAAAUGCUCAUGUUUCUGUCAUGAACAUUGUCUCCAUUGUGCUGUCUCUAUGCCUUGUCUUACCACCAGCAUUGAAAGCCCUGAAUUCCAAACCGUAACCAUGAAUCUUGAGGAGUGUGCAGAAUUCAAUGAAGUUUUUAGUAAAGUCAAAGCUACUCUUCCUCCUCACCGUACAUAGGACUGCACCAUUGAACUUCUGCCUAAUACAGCUCUAGCGAGAAGCAAGGCUUAUCCAUUGUCACACCCAGAGACCCUAGCUAUAGAAACUUCCAUCGAGGAAGCCCUUGCCUCUGGUUACAUCCAUCCCUGCAGCUGCAGGUUUUAUUCCUCAUGGAGAAAAAGGAUGGAGGUCUAGGUCCAUGUAUCGACUAUCGAGGCCUGAACUCUGUCACCUUGAAAUACCGUUACCCACUGCCAAUUAUCCCCUCAGCCCUUGAACAACUCAGUGAGGAUAAGAUAUAUACUAAGCUCGAUCUAAGAAGUGCUUAUAACCUCAUCAGAAUCAGAGAAAGAGAUGAGUGGAAAACUGCAUUCAUCACCAUCAGGGGGCACUAUGAAUAUGUAUGGACUUGCUAAUGCCCCCUCUGUUUUCCAGUGUUUUGUCAAGAGACCUACUGAAUCAGUGUGUGGUUGCCUACAUUGAAAACAUCCUCAUCUACUCUCAAAAAAAGAACAACAUAUCCAGUCCUAUCACAUCUCCAGGAACACCAGCUAUUUGUCAAGGCAGAGAACAACAGUAUCAUUUCAUCAGAAACAACAGUAUCAUUACAGCACCACUCAACGUCAUUGCUCAAGGGGAAACCCAACAAGUUGCCUUGGAACGACGCUGCAUACCAAGCCUUCGCCUCCCUCAAGUCAAGCUUCACGACCGCUCCUAUACUGAAACACCCUGACCCCAAUCUUCCUUUCGUCAUUGAAGUAGACUCUACUGAUUGUGGGAUUGGAGUGGUCCUGUCACAAUGUGACUGUACCCCAGGCAAGAUUUACCCUUGUGCAUUUUUCUCCAGAAAGUUAAAUUCUGCUGAACGAAUCUAGGAUUCAGCACUUGAAGAGUGGCGUCACUAGUUAGAGGGGGUAGUCCACCCGUUCCAUGUUAUCACUGAUCACAAGAAACUUGAAUACAUAAAGGCAGCAAAGAGACUGAAUCCACAUCAAGCCCGAUGGUCAUUGUUCUGCACCAGGUUCAAUUUUACUGUCACUUGCUGCCCUGGCAGCAAGAAUGGCAAAGCAGAUGCACUUUCACAUAGGCAUGUUACAACCACAUCCAGCCUCCUCCUGGAUCAAUCCUAUCACUAUCUGCACGAACCGUCACCACCUGACUGCCUCCCAACCAAGCACUUUGUACAACAAGCUCUACGUCUGAGAUCUAUCCAAUGGGUCAACACUUCAUUUAGCAGAGGACACCCUGGCAUCCAAAGAACAAUCACACUGGUACCUAAUUCCUUCUGGUGGCCAUCUGUGAUUCAUGAUGUUACUAAGUAUGUGAAGUCACUGGAUUACUCCAACUACUGCUGAUACCCCAAAGACCAUGGUCCCACCUCUCCAUCGAUUUCAUCACCGACAUGCCAAAUUCCAACGGAUACACAACCAUACUGGUAAUUAUCAACUGAUUCUCAAAAUCAUGUAGACUUGACCAAGUAUUCGUGUCUAUGGAUUUCCAGAAGACAUCAUGUCCAAGGUUCACAGUUCACGUCCCGAGUUUGGCAGGCGUUCUGUAAGCAACUGGACCUCAAUGUGAGUUUCCCCUCAGGCUAUCAACCCCAAGCCAACAUACAGGUGGAUCAUUUAAACCAGGAGAUUGGCAGAUAUCUUCGGAGCUACUGUAGCCGUGAACCGGAAAAGCGGAGCGACUUCUUGCCCUGGGUCGAAUAUGCACAUAAUUCCCUCACUCAUACCUCUACAGGACUAACCCCCUUCCAAUGCAUGUUGAGCUACCAACCCACAAUGUUCCCUUUGUCAGGAGAACCAUCUACAGUGCGAGCAGUGGACGAUUGGAUUAGGCGGAGCGAGAGGGAGUGGGAUCGCGCACAUGUCCAGCUACAGUGAGCGGUCUGAGCACAGCACUUUCAGGCUGACCGGUGGAGGUGCCCUCACCCCAAUUAUCAGCCUGGACAGAGGGUCUGGUUAUCCACAAGGGAUCUCAAGCUGUGGCUACCCUGCAGGAAGCUCAAUCCAAGGUAUGUGGGUCCAUUCAGAAUUAUCCGUCAAAUAAACCCAGUUACUUACUGAUUAGAGCUUCCGGCUAACUACCGCAUCUCUCCUUCCUUCCAUGUGUCCUUGCUGAAACCAGUCCACCCAGUAUCUGGCCCUGGAAUCACGAACCCCAAGCCUCCACCUCCAUUGGAGGUUGAUUGAGCACCUGCAUAUAUGGUCAGCGAGAUCAUGGACUCAAGGCAACAAGUGAGCCAGAUGCAAUACUUGGUGGACUGGGAAGGCUACGGACCAGAGGAGAGAUCGUAGGUAGCCGCCAAGGACAUAAUUGCCAUGUCCCUGAUCCAAGACUUCCACCAAGCUCAUCCUAAUCGUCCAGCACCACGACCAAGGGGACAUCACAGCAGAAGAACACCAAGAGUUGUGUGUUGAGAGGGGGGGCUUGGGGUUCUGUGACAUCUGAGGUUGUUACCCAUCCUACCAACCACCAGAGGGAGCCCUCUCCCGAAUACUGAUCUUCACCCAUUUUGUGUGUGUGUGUCAUUUUGUCAUUGUUUAUUGCUUUUUGUAUAACCCUAUAUUUUGUUUGCAUGGUUGGACUGUUUAUUUGGUUUAUUGGAUUUAUCUGCCUGCUUCAAGACUACAUCUCUCUGCCUGCUGUUUUGGAUUGUUUGCUUGUGUCUCUUCAUAAACUUCCUGCAGAUGGAUCCUAACACAGCUUUUUGAGCUUUAAAGUUUCAGACCCCAUUGACUUGCAUUGUAUGAAGCUUACAGAGCUAAGAUAUUCUUCUAAAAAUUUUACUUUGUGUACUGCAGAAGCAAGUCAUACACAUCUGGUAUAGGGUGAGUAAAUUAUGAGAAUUUUUAUUUUUGGGAGAACUAUUGCUUUUAAAAUUAUAGUUCACUAAAAAUGAAACCAUUGUCAUUUACUCACAAUUAUGUUGGGUGAAAAUACUCAAAGUUCCACAAACUAAAUUGGGUUUUUGGGUGAACUAUCCCUCAAGUGCUAUGCUCUACAUUGGCCUGCCACAUUAUCAUGUAUUUUAGUGUUAUGGGUCUUAAAAGUAAAUAAGUAAAAAAAAAAAAAAAAACAUUUGACAUUUAGGAUACAUAAAUAUAUAUAUAGACUUAAUGUAGAUAGUAUAAAGAACUGCAUAAACAAUUGCUAAAUAUUACUCUAGUGACUAGUUCACUGAAUCUUUUUAACGCCACAAUCACUGUUUUAGACUUCAGUCAAACACUCAAAGAAAGCUUUAGAUUUGUGAGAAUUGUUUACUUGAUUAAGGCUCAUUUGGGUACCAUCAAAUCCUUUGAAAGGUGUGACGGGAUGUUUUGAUUGUGGAGGAAAAUGUAAAUGAGGCGAAGAAAUGGGAGAACUGAGGGCACAUGAGGGGUUUAGUAGCACAACGGUAUGAAAUGUAGAAGCUCAUUCAGUCCUUUGGGUUUCUAAGGAGCCUGACUUUAUCUAUGUUGCAAAAUAUGGGAUCAUUUUUAACUGGCAUAAAAGCCUAUGACUUCUGUGCCAUUGUCUUAUAUUUUUUGUCAUUUUAUUGUUCUAUUUGAAAAAAGUAAUCAGCCUAUUAGGGGCAUGCUUCCCUGUGAUUAAUUUUUUUUUUUUAACAAAAAAAAUGUCAUCUAAAAUGUCACUGCUUAAUUUCUCUAUCUAUCUGUCAAUCUGAGUUAGUACUGUAAUGCAAGCUAAUCCUUAUGUUAUAAUUAUAAGAGGAGUGCAUCAUUAACAUUUAUAGUAUAGGCCAAAACCCUGUCAGUCAUCAGCAUAUCCUUGUAUUACAUUAAGAGCCCCCAAGAAUUUAUGAUAAAAAGAUGUCUGAAAUACCUGCCUGCCUGCUUUCCUCAACCAGAAAACAACUCAUUUCUAUAGAUGCCUUUAACGUCUCCAAUGAUUCCACAUACCGAUUUAUAGCUGGCACGCUGGUCAAACUCCGGGCUUCCAGCAGUUCUGAGCAGAUCGCACCGUGGUGUUAAAGGGGAAAAUGAGAGGCGGUGGAACAUGUUUUUACAUCAACGAAUGUUGGUGUACAGAUGUUACAACACUGAAGAAGUUUCGGGAGUUUUCCUCGUGUAUUCUGGUGUGUUUAUAUUCCUCCACACUUGUGUGUUAGCUCAACACUGUAACAGCUGGCUGAUCAGAUCACAGAAACGGAGCAACAACACCUGGACUUAUUGUUAUUCUUGGGAGAUUUUAACGAGGCAAAUCUCAUAUGGGAACUGCCCAAAUACAGACAGCACAUUACAUGCCCCACCAGAGACAGAAAUAUUCUGGACCACUGCUACCCAACAAUAAAGGAUGCAUAUCGCUCUGUCCCACAUGCAGUUUUAGGACUCUCUGAUCACUGUCUGGUUCAUCUUCUGACCUACGAGCAGAAACUAAAAUCAGUUAAACCUGUAUUAAAGACUCUAAAGAGAUGGACCAAUGAAGCAGAGCUGGAACUACAAGCCUGAUUUGACUGCACUGAUUGGAGUUUUUGCAGCUACCACCAACCUGGACGAGCUCACAGAUACUGUGACAUCAUAUAUCAGUUUCUGUGAAGACAUAUGCAUUCCUACUAGGACUUUUUUUAACAUACAACAACAUUAAACCAUAGUUUAUACCAAACUCAGGCAGCUUCGUCAGGCCAAAGAGAAUGCUUACAGAAGUGGGGAUAAAAUCUUGUACAAUCAGGCCAAAUACAGACUGACAAAGGAGAUAAGAGUGGUUAAAAAGAAAAUGCAAAAUAACUGUGCAUUAGUGUGGAAAGGCUUGAAAGACUUAACAACUACAAGACACCAUCCCCCACCACUGUAGGGAAUCAACAACUGGCUAAUGACCUGAAUGUUUUUUACUGUAGAUUUGAAAAGCCCAUUCAAACACCCCACACCCGCUCUGACCUUAACAGAACACAAACAUUUACACCUCCUCCAACCACCUUCCUCCCCUCUCCUGCUACUCAACAUGCACUUAAGAUCUGUGAAGAUGUUGUGUGCCGGGUCUUCCAGAAACAGAAGACAAGAAAAGCACAGGACCCAUAUUGUGUUUCACCCACAAGAUGUAACAACACUGAAGAAGAUGUGGUGUCCUAAUUUCGAAUAGCUCUUCAUAAACUGUAAGACUUGCUACUUAACACGGAAGAUUUCCUCGUGUAUUCUGGUGUGUUUAUAUUCCUCCACACUCGUGUGUUAGCACAACACUGUAACAGGUGGCUGAUCAGAUCACAGAAACGGAGCAACAACACCUGGACUUAUUAUUAUUCAUGGGAGAUUUUAACGAGGCAAAUCUCAUAUGGGAACUGCCCAAAUACAGACAGCACAUUACAUGCCUCACCAGAGACAGAAAUAUACUGGACCACUGCUACACAACAAUAAAGGAUGCAUAUCGCUCUGUCCCACAUGCAGUUUUAGGACUCUCUGAUCACUGUCUGGUUCAUCUUCCGACCUACGAGCAGAAACUAAAAUCAGUUAAACAUGUAUUAAAGACUCUAAAGAGAUGGACCAAUGAAGCAGAGCUGGAACUACAAGCCUGAUUUGACUGCACUGAUUGGAGUGUUUGCAGCUACCACCAACCUGGACGAGCUCAUAGAUACUGUGACAUCAUAUAUCAGUUUCUGUGAAGACAUAUGCAUUCCUACUAGGACUUUUUUAACAUACAACAACAACAAACCAUGGUUUAUAGCAAAACUCAGGCAGCUUCGUCAGGCCAAAAGAAUGCUUACAGAAGUGGGGAUAAAAGCUUGUACAAUCAGGCCAAAUACAGACUGACAAAGGAGAUAAGAGUGGUUAAAAAGAAAAGGCAAAAUAACUGUGCAUUAGUGUGGAAAGGCUUGAAAGACUUAACAACUACAAGACACCACCCCCCACCACUAUAGGGAAUCGACAACUGGCUAAUGACCUGAAUGUGUUUUACUGUAGAUUUGAAAAGCCCAUUCAUACACCACACACCCCACACCCGCUCUGACCUUCACAGCACACAAACAUUUACACCUCCUGCCACCACCCUCCUCCCCUCUCCUGCUACUCAACAUGCACUUAAGAUCUGUGAAGUUGUUAUGUACGGGGUCUUCCAGAAACAGAAGAGCACAGGACCCAUAUUGUGUUUCACCCACAUGUCUAAAAUCCUGUGCUGACCAGCUGGCCCCCAUCUUCACACAGAUCUUCAACAGAUCACUGGAGCAGUGUAAAUCACAAUCAUCCCUGUCCCAAAGAAACCCAAGAUCAAAGGACUUAAUGACUACAGACCCAUCGUUCUGAUGUCUGUGGCAUGAAGUAAUUUGAGAGACUGGUGUUGGCCCACCUGAAGGAAAUAUCUGAACCCUUUCUGGAUCACCUUCAAUUUGCUUAGAGAGCAAACAGGUCUGUGGAUGAUGCAGUCAAUAUGGGACUGCAAUACGUACUUUAGCAUGUAGACAGACCAGGGACUUAUGCAAGGAUACUAUUGGUUGACUUCAGUUCGGCUUUUAACACCAUCAACCCCACUCUCCUAUGGACUAAGUUAACCUAGCUCUCUGUUCCUGGCUGUCUCUGUCAGUGGAGUGAAAAUGGGGAAAUUCACCUACAGCACAUGCACAAACAGCUUUGGUGUCACCCAGGGAUGUGUGCUCUCCCCACUACACUUCUUCCUUUACACAAAUGACUUCACUGCCAAGGAUCCUUCUGUUAAACUCCUGAAGUUCGCAGAUGACACUAUAGUCAUCAACCUCAUUCAAGAUGACAAUGAGUCUGCAUACAGAAGGGAGUUUGAAUAGCUGGCCAUCUGGUGCAGUCAAAACAAACUGGAGCUGAACAUGCUUAAAAAAGUGGAGAUGAUAGUGGACUUUAGGACACCCCAGCAUUAACCCCGCUCACCAUUCUGAACAGCAAUGUGGCAGCAGUGGAGUCAUUCAGGUUUGUGGGCAUUACCAUCUCACAGGACCUGAAGUGGGAGACCCACAUUGACUCAGAAACAGUUUUUUUUCCCUCAGGCCAUCUACCUCAUGAACAGUUAAAACUGCCCUAAAUACUUUCCUUUGGGCAAUACAACCAUGUGCAAUAUUCAAUCCAUCCAUUCCUACUUAUAUCCAUAUUUAAUUUAUAUUCUUUAGCAUAUCCUACCUCUUCUUCAAUACAUUACAUAACUGUAUAUAAAAUAUUCUAACAACAUGAUUGCUCUAGUGUAGCCUAUAUGUAUCUUUUUUUUUUAACUGUUAUAUCAUUUUUAUUAUUAUUAUUAUUAUUAUUAUUAUUAUGUCACUAUACUGUAUGUAUAUAUGUUUAAAUGUAUAGGUUUGUAUGUAAGCAUUUAGGUACUAUUCUCUUGCACUAGAAGAUUCUGUCACCAUGACAAAUUCCUUGUGUGUGUAAGCAUGUUGGCAAUAAAGCUCAUUCAGAU